AAAGCUCGGUCUCGCUGGAUCUCUUUCCUAGUUUCUUUCACUCCAUCUCCUUCACUUGAAGUGUCAACUUGUGAAGAAUCAAGAAUAUAACCAACCCUAGUUCAUUCAUCUUUCUUGCUUUUCAUAUUUUAUUACACUUACAUGGCUUCUACAAUUACAAGCCUCACUCUUCCACCGCUGUUUGCUCGUGAAAGACACUCUUUAUUUAGGCCUCUUACGAAAUUCCCAGUCUUUGCCAUUGCUGGAGAGAAACAAGGCCGUGUUACUUUUGCUGCAAAGGCUGCAGGUGAUAGCUCGGAAUCUUCAACCUCCCUGAGCAUUGUUGAGUCUGUACAAAAUGUUUGGGAAAACUCAGAAGACCGAAUUGCUUUAAUCGGGCUGGGAUUCGCAGGAGUUGUGGCUCUGUGGGCAUCUGCAAACCUGAUCACAGCUAUCGACAAACUUCCUCUUAUCCCAGGAGUGCUUGAGUUUAUUGGAACACUUUUUUCUUCGUGGUUCGUCUAUCGUUAUCUUUUGUUCAAACCUGACAGGAAGGAAUUGGGGCAAGCCAUCAAUAAGAAAGUUUCAGAUAUUUUGGGUCAGUAAAGUACGUUGUGAACAAUGUACCUGUAACAAAUGGUGUAUUAUUAGAUAUCAUACCUAUAUUUUUGCUGCAUAUAUUUUGUUACGAAUUUCAAAUACGCAUAAUGCACAGGUUACAAUAAAUUUAAUAUAUUUCAACAAAUUUUGGGAUGAA